GCCACGCACCAAGGUGAUGCAUUUUAUUGCCCUAGCUUUCUAAUUAAUUCCUCGAUGAGGGCCAGAGUUGAGGCACGUAGUGCCGAAAUAGUUCCACCUGAAAGUGCUGAAUUGUUAUCUAUUAUAUUACCCAAGGAAGAGGCACGUAGUGCCGAAUUGUUAUCUAUUAUAUUACCCAAGGAAGAGGCACAUAGUGCCAAAUUGUUACCCUUACUUGAAGCACUUAUCAAAAUUUCAUCUCGAUCUGACAGGCAGUUACGCAAAUCGGAUGACAGCGAUUGUGACCCAAAAACCUCUUUGAUCAUCUAA